CGUGAUCAAAUUUUCCGAGGGCGAAUUUGGGGAGAUUUUAGGGUUUUGAAGGUUGAUUUUGGCUCCUACAGCUGGAUUGGCAUCAUGGGGCGGAAAGCUGGGGGUCUGUACAUAAAUCCCAAGAAGUUUGGAGCUGUUGGGAAGCCAUGCAUGAAGGAAAUGGUGUCAUUUCUCGGGUGCUUAUCUCUGAACAAGAGCAACGACGAUAAGUGCGUGCGACAGAAGGAUCUCCUACUUGCUUGUGUGGAGGUUCAGAAAGGGAAACCUAAAAAUCCGGCGAGGACCAUUAAUUACCACUUGCAGCGCCUUGGCAGACAGAAGUUCUUUUAAUUAUGACAAUCGGUUUUCUUUUGACGAAGAUGAUAUUUUUGAGCUUACAUUUUAGGGAUGGAUGUACAUGUAAUUCCUGCAUUCGAUAACACUGCAACCGUUGUUGCAUUGCUGUUUGUACUGUCGCAACUCACAAAGGAACAAUAAACCAUGUUUUGCAUUUCAGGGUUGCUGGAUACGUAAGCAAGUUUGUUGAAUCAUCGCUUUUGGUAUUUUGGACAAUAUAAGCAGAAACAUUUCCUGACGAUCUUUGGAACAUUUUUAUAACAGCAGAUUCUUGGGAAAUUUGAUUGCUGAUGAUGCAGUUUAUUUAAAAUCCAUUUUUAGGUUGUCA